AUGAAGUCUAUCUCGUACGUGAUAGACCCAGAUGGGGACAUCGAGCUCGUGCUUAACGAGCCAAAUGCACAAGAUAUUAUUCCAGAAAGAGUCCUAUGUGGAGAUGGAGAUUCCACUAGCACAUCACCCACCACGGACUUCAACAACUCAGUACUCCACGGACGAUACACGGUCUUUGAUAACUUCGACACCCCUACAUUUGUGGACGACUAUGGCGAUUUGGACUUUGUGGAAGAAACUCCCGACGUAGUGCGAAUGCGAGUUUCCUCAAAGCACCUGACAUUUGCUUCUAAAACGUUCAGCGCUAUGCUUCAAGGCCCAUGGGCUGAGGCCUCCUCCUCAUUUUCUUCCCAGCGUAGCCCCCGCCAGGUUGCGACCUCUGACUGGGAUGCCAAAGCUCUUGCCAUUGUCCUUGAUGCGAUUCAUGGCCGUUUUCGAAAGAUCCCUAGGCACAUCAACCUCGUGCUCCUAGCUCGCAUUGCCACCAUCGUCGACUACUACCAAUGCUAUGAGAGCUUGGAAUUGAUCAGCGGCGUGUGGCUUUGUCAACAGUCUGUUACACAAGAAAAUUUCGAUUUGUACUCCGAAAAUUCAUUACUGCGGCUGUAUGUCGCAUGGGUCUUUGAGAACGAGGCUAUCUUCACCGUCGAGGCCCGCAGGGUCUUGAGGCACAGCAGGGGACUUUCAGAGUUCGAGCUGAAAGAACUUCCCGUUGGAGGGAUUCUCGAUGUCCUGGAGGACAAAAGAAAAGAGCUUAUCGGAAGGGUCUUGGAAGGUCUCGAUAUCCUGCGAGAAACACUCCGCACGGAGGAUGCAUGCCCCGGGCUGGGCUUAUCCGACUGUUCCUCUGCAUUGCUUAGGACGUUAAUGCGAGAGAGAUUUAGAUGGGAGGAUGAAUAUGCGCCCCUCACGGCCCCUUACGACGGAUACAGCGUUGUCACGAUGCGAGGCUUGGUGGAAGGGUUUCCUCGACCCAAACCUUUACAUCCGAGCUACGAUAACUCUGGACGCAUCAGCUCUGGCGAACCCAACUUAUAUCAUCAGCAUUGUACGUGCACCAUUCAGGGGCGGAUACAGAAAUUGAUGAAGGGGAUCAACAACGACAUCAAGGGGUUCCGCCCUUCGCGCAUUCAAGGCUGGGGGUUGCGUCAGAAGGAUGAUGACUAG